AGCCUGGAUCAGGUUUGUUGUCACCGUUAUUUCCCAGACGCAUGCGCGCUGUUACCUGUUUCCUGCUGAAAUGAGUACCUGCGCUUAGGUCAACCUUUGAAUUCGUCGUGUCUUUGGGUGUAUAUGACACGGAAUAUUUAUCCAGCAUCCGCUUUUUUCUCCGUUAAUAUUUUCAGCACGUAGACCUACCUGAGUUUACCUGAGACGCACCUUUGCAACACUCCACUAAGCUUAGGAGGAAGCACACGAAGUCGAAGGAGCACAGUCUGGAAAACGGCGAAAUAGUGGGAGAGGACUGAGCAGGCUACCUGCGUAGGUAUAACUUUGAAGAGAGCGGAAAAGGAGCUCGUCGUGUGGGGAAACAUGAGCUCGUGGAAGAUAGCGGGUGACCAAGCGUAGACCAUGCCUCGAGCAUUCCUUGUGAAAAAGGCAAGGUUCUCUCCGGGUAAACGGAACUGGGGCGAGCUGCCCGACCAUGAGCGUGGAGAUAUCUAUAUUCCAGCAUCUAUGGUACCUCCCAUGUUUAUUGAGGAGACAGAGGCCAGUCCUGCCGAGUCUGCCUUGUGCCUCUCCACACAAAAAGAUCACAACUUGCAGACACAAACUCAGAUCCAUACCCAUGAGUCCUGUCCACUGGUUCCUACUGCUGAAUUGCCCUCUUCAACUUCAUUGGGGCGGCCUUUUAGCCCAGCGCCCGAGAGCAGUAAAAAACCAGCCAACAGCAAUUAUAUACGAUCCAAGAUAAAGGUGACUACAGGUGAGCUUCCUGGUGACUCUCAAACCCAGGACCGUAUAGACCCAGUUGUGGCCAUUGUUCCUCCCACGGCUCCAACAACAACAACACCCUCAGCUGGCACUGGCACUGGCAAAUCCACAACACCCAACUAUGUGUGUCAGAUAUGCCAGAAGACCUUUCAGUAUCAACGCAUGCUGAACAGACACCUAAAGUGCCACAACGACACCAAGAGGCACCUUUGCAACUUCUGUGGGAAGGGAUUCAACGAUACCUUUGAUCUCAAAAGGCAUGUUCGGACUCACACAGGUGUUCGCCCGUACAAGUGUAAUGUGUGCGAAAAGGCGUUUACACAGCGCUGCUCCCUGGAGUCGCACAUGAAGAAGAUCCACAAUGUGACACAGCAGUACGCCUACAAAGAACGACGCAGCAAACUUUAUGUCUGCGAGGAGUGCGGCCUCACUGCACCAUCACAGGACGCCCUUCUAAACCAUCUCCAGGACCAGCACCCUAACAGCACGUUUCUCCGCAACAAGGCAGCGCGAAAAAUGUCAGGUCCUGGGGGAAGGGCAACCGGCUCACUAUCAGAUGCUUCUAUGGCGGAAAAUACGUCCCCACCAGGGUCCCCACUGUCCCUACACAGUGAUGACACCACAGGAUCAGGUGGCAGUUAGAGGCAGCUGUUCCUGGGGGAAAGCAAAGAUAUAGGGCUUUAGUGUAGGCAGAAUUAUGGAGAAUGCUAAUUGAGAUGGUGAUAUUUGAUCAUCUUCUGGCUGAAAUUAUCAAUGAAGGAGUGGAGGGCGGAAGAGAACAGUCAACAGACAAAUUGAUCUUUUUUGGUUUUUGGUUACAGAUAAAGUAUCACUUAAGUUCCAGGUACUUUUUGCACAUAUCCCACAUUGGCCAUGUAAUACAAAAAGGUGGGUUGCCAGUUGUUGAGAGAUGUGUAUGUUUUAAAAGUGCAAACCUCAUAUUCUGAAACUAGGAAUUGGCACAAGUAUAUGCUGCCACAAGCACUCAGGAUGGAAACUCCCUAAAUGCAAUCACUAUAUUUAUGCUUCCAGUAUAUUAUUUCCCUUGUCCUUGAUUUAAUAAGUGAAACAAGUUAGGUCCAGUGUCAAUGUAUGGUUGAGGUAUAUUUUAAUUGAGCUGUUAAAGGUGUGCUUGUUUCUGGUAUGGCCGUGGGUAACGAUAUUCAAGAAGACAAGUACAAAUCUGUGCUUGCUCUAGAAAUUGGAUUUUCUCAACAUCUAAUAUAUUCAUUUCAGAGGUACACUGAAUUGUAUAAAGAGAGCUUUAUAUUUAUCUUUAUAUAUUUGUACUGUUGUUUUUUUUAUUUCUGCCAUUUCUAUUUUUACAGAUUUCUAUUCUGAUUGUGUAACUAUUGACAUGUAAAUAUGUGUUGUUAUUUUUCCUGAGAGGGAAGGUAAUGGUUGUAAAAAGUCGAAGCAAAAUUGUAGUGGGUGUUUUUGCCAUUGUUCUUUUCAUUCUUCCCAAUGAAACACAUUUACCUUCAGUGUAUUGCUGAACCAAAAGUCACUGGAGUGAUUCACACAUCACGGAAAGUCUGCAAGACCUGCUACAGCUUCAUGUUGCAGCAGAGAACAUGAAGAGUUAGGACACUUCAACAUUUUAGAUCACUGACAGCAAAUAAUAUUGCAGCCUAUUUUCUAUUUGCCAAAGAUGUGAGGACUUUGUGAGCAUCACUGUACUUCUGAUGAUCAUCAUUAAACAUGUUAUCCUGA